UCAUUUUUAACAAACAGUGAGUGUAGUGGAAAGUGACUUGACCUAAUUCAGCAUAAGAUAUUUGGAUUUGGUAUUUGGGAUAUAAAACAAAAUAUAUUUCAAUAAAACUACGAAGUAAUUUUGAGUAGCUAUUAAAAACAACAAAUUUUAUUAUUACCUUUUUAUUUUAAAAUAUUUUCAGGACGAUGUCAAUAUCUGUCGGAGAAAUCUUCACCUAUAUAAUACAGAUCAAGCUAAUUCUACUAUUUUCGUUCAUCUCCUGCGCUCUGAUAGCGUACGUACAUUUUCUAUGGAGAAAGAGAAAAUUGAUUAUAAAAUCCUGGAAUAUGCCAGGACCACUGAAUCUUCCGUUUGUUGGUGGGGCAUAUCUAUUUAUGAUCCGGCCAGAAUACAUAUAUAACCGACUUACAAGGAUGCAACAGGACUAUCCGGACAUCGGAAAGAUAUGGUUUGGCUCGAAACUCGUCUAUUUCAUGACGAAGCCCGAAUAUAUAGAAAAAGUGCUUGGCAGUACGAAACUGGUAGCGAAAAGUGACUUCUAUCAAACUAUAAUACAAUAUAUUGGAGAGGGACUUUUAGCAGCUCCUGUACCCAAAUGGAAGAAACAUCGGAAAAUUAUUGUACCAACGUUCAAUCAAAAAAUUCUGGAAUCUUUUGUCGAAGUGUUUGCAGAAAAGAGUUUGAUUUUGAACGAAAUAUUAGAUGAGAAUGUGGGAAAAGAACUCAAUAUAUUAAGAGUACUAUCCAGAUGCACUCUAGAUAUCUUAUGCGACACAGCCAUGGGUCUCAAAUACGAUAUUCAAAGAGAGAAUGCAAAUUACGAGUACAAAAUGGACAAAGUAAUGCAACUUGUAUUUCUAAAGUUACUUCAAAUAUGGAACCAUAUACCUUUUGUGUGGAGGUUACUUGGUUAUGAGAAAAAAAUUCAGGGUUAUUUGAAAACACUCAGCGAUCUAAUAGACAAAGUUAUACAGGAAAAAUUGGAAAUAGUAAUGCAAAAGAAAAAUAGCACAUAUAUAGAAGAAGAAACCAAAAAACGCAUGGUCUUUUUGGACUACAUAAUUGAAAGUAACGAAUUUACCUCUAUAGAGCUAAGGGACGAAGUCUUCAUAUUUCUAUUUGCUGGCACUGAUACGACAGCAUCCGCUCUAUCUUUUGUAUUUGCAGUAUUAGGAAUGUUUACGGAUGUACAGGAUAAAGUACUCGAAGAAGUUCUGAGCAUUAUAGGGCCUGACAAGACCCCCGGAUUUGAACAUUUGCAUCAGUUACAUUAUACUGAACGAGUGAUUAAGGAGACACUGAGAUUGUUCCCAGUCGGUGCCUUCUUUCUGAGAUACGUCAGUCAGGAUACAGAUUUCGGUGAUUUCGUUAUUCCUAAAUCAAGUCAUGUUUAUUUUGGACUGGUCUACAUUCACCGAAACCCGAAAUAUUGGCCGAAUCCGCUAAAAUUCGAUCCUGAUAGAUUUCUGCCAGAAGAAGUUGCUAAACGUCAUCCGUGCACUUACAUUCCUUUUUCGUAUGGUCCAAGAAAUUGCAUAGGUAGAUAUUAUGCCAUGAUGAACAUGAAAGUAAUCAUAGCAACUGUAAUAAGGAAAUUCAGAAUUCAUUGCCAAUACAAGAAAAUCGAAGAUAUAAAAUUGAAGACAAAUAUAACUUUGAGAUUCAGAGAUGGUGCUAAAGUUUCUGUAACACGCAGAGACAUGUCUAACAAUUAAUUAUUAUCAUUAGGUUUAACUCAAACAGAAAAAAAUAGUAGGUACUUUAUUAUUUUAACUAUAGAUAACAUAUUGAUGUAAUUUAUUUUCUAUUUCGUAAGUAUAUAUUAUGAGAAUACA